AAUCUUUGGUCAUUAAUCAUUAGUCGGUAGUCAUUAGUCAAGUCAUACUACUGAGGUUUUUUAAACUCUUGUUUACUGAAAAAUGGAGGACGCAGGAAGCGGCAGCCGGGGAGGGACCAGCUCGUGCUACCGGGGCGUCCGGAAGCGGAAGUGGGGGAAAUGGGUGUCCGAGAUCCGCGAGCCGGGGAAGAAGACGAGGAUAUGGCUUGGCAGCUUCGACACCCCGGAGAUGGCCGCCGCCGCCUACGACGUGGCGGCCCUGCACUUCCGGGGCCGCGACGCCCGCCUCAACUUCCCCACGCGGGCCGCCGGCCUCCCCCGUCCGGAGAGCUCGAGCGCCGACGACGUGCGCUUGGCGGCCCAUGAGGCGGCACUGCGGGCCCGGGCGGCUCCCCCCGGCCCCGGCGCCGCCGCUCCGGGAACCGGCAACUCGGCCUCCCUGAACAGGUUAGCCCCGGUGACCGUGAGCCUCCCGCCGACCAUGAUCGCGGCCAUCAACGAGUGGCCGCUGGACUCGCCGACGAUGUGGAUGCAGAUGGCGGAGGCGCUGUUGGCAGCGGACAAGUCGCCGGAGGCGUUCUCCUCCACGAGCAACGCCAACUCCAGGGACAAGGAGCUAUUCGGGGACGUGCACACCGAGUGUUUGCUCUGGGAAAGGACCUAGCCUUAUAACAUCUAAACAGAUGAUAUCUCUGACCCCAAAAAAAAAAA